UCAAACUGGAGCGGGACUCAAAACCGUCCGAUUCCAGCUCAUGAGACACGGGAGAUCAUGAGGAACGAGCAUGGUCGUGACAAACAAUAGUAUCAGCCGCCGCACAACCAAGUCUGGAUGCAAGACGUGCAAGAUCCGCAAGGUCAAAUGCGACGAGAGCCGGCCCAGCUGUUCUCGAUGCACCUCCAGUGGCCGGACUUGCGAUGGAUAUGGCAUCUGGGGUGGAGGAGACAACCGAAAUGCCCAUGUCAAACGCUUGACAGGCUUUUCCUCAGCAAAAGCCUUGACCGUAUUGUCGCCCACCUCCGGCAUGACUAGUCUCCUGUCCAGUCUUACGGCUCCGGAAAAGCGGUGUUUUGAGUGGUUCACCACUCGCACAAUUCGAAAGAUUCCCGGCCCAUUCGCGCUCAAGUACUGGGACAGACUCGUUGUGCAAGCGUGCCUUACAGACUCGGCCGUCAUGCACGCCGUCCUUGCCGUCGGCUAUGUGCACAGUGGCGGAAUCGAAUGCGAACGGGGUGGAAACCCGGCCGCCCAGCAGCAACUUGUUCUCCAGCACUAUAGCAAGUCGAUUGCCCAGCUGCAACCACAUUUCAGUUCAAAUGACAGGACUUGCUUGCGCAUUACGCUAAUCACAUGCAUUGCAUAUAUCAGCCUGGAAUUGCUUCAAGGACGUUUUCAGACAGCGGAGCUCCACCUCGAGAACGGAUUGAGGGUAUUACAGGCUUUUCGCAAUUACGCUUCGCGAGAGCCCGCGGAUGGCUGGAUAGCCCAGGCUUUUUCAAGGCUGUGCCUUCAAAGGGCCCUUCUCAGAUCUGGACCUUCCGUACCUUUGUCAGAUGACUACGACCUUGUCCUACCAAAGUCUGACAAAACUUUCAAUACCGUCGAAGAAGCAUGGACGAGUUUGGAAAGCAUCUUGAGUUCCAUCCUACGGAUCGCAUCAGCCGCUCAAACCGAACGAAUGAAUAAGUCGCAGAACAAAGAUUUCCUGCGUUCCCUUCUGCAGCGUCAAGGUGCUGCAAAGCAGAGCCUCGAGCGCUGGCUGGAAGCUUUCGACGCCUCGACCUGUGAAUUCGUCAUUCCGGAACAGCUGCCCAUGGUGGUGCGACUGCUACGCUCCUACUACGCUAUGGCCGCUAUCAUGGCCGCCACCUGCCUUGGAGACAGCGAAUCGCAAUACGAAGAGCACACAUCGGACUUCGAAAAUCUAGUAUACCACUCGACAGAGAUGUGGCGGUACCGCGAGAACAACCCCAUGACGCGCCGGUUGCAGGACUGCGCCAUGUCGAUGGCCCAUUCCAUGGUGGACCUUGGUUGGCUGCCCCCGCUUUUUUUCGCUGCAACGAAGUGUAGGGUCAACAAGAUCAGGUGGCAAGCCAUCGAUUUGAUGGAAUAUGCGACGCACAGGGAGGGGAUGUGGGAUUCGAAGAUCACGGCAGCAGUGGCGCGAAUGAUUGUAGAGGCGGAGGAGACGGGCUGCAAGAGAAUCCGCAAGAUUGACGUGAGACUUCCGAAUGAUGAUGAGGUAGUCAACGUCAUGUAUGACUUUGAGAAUUGUGAUGGAGCAUCUGAGGCGGCUGCUGCCCGUGUUUAA